GCGCUCUAACUGCCUGGGCGAGGGCGCUUCGCUCCGGUCUCGGCUAUGGCCUAUCUUCACCGCAGGAGCAACUGAUCCUGGGCUUCUCGCCCCGCUCCCUGAGCGCUCCCCCUUUUCGAUCUCUGAAAAACCCCACGUUCUUUCUGGGGCUGUGGCGAGUGGCACUGAGAGGCGAGCAAGGAUGCGCUGAGGAUCUCUGGGGCGUGCGUCUUGGGUCCCGCCGCGAGAGCCCAGGUGCCUCCGCCUGCCUCGAUUUCCCCGCUGUGUGCCUGCCGCCCCCUGCCGCACUUGAUGUGCAGAAAGAAGCCGGACACCAUGAUCCUAACACAAAUUGAAGCCAAAGAAGCUUGUGAUUGGCUACGGGCAACAGGCUUCCCCCAGUACGCACAGCUUUAUGAAGAUCUCCUGUUCCCUAUUGAUAUUUCCUUGGUCAAGAGAGAGCAUGACUUUUUGGACAGAGAUGCCAUUGAAGCUUUGUGCAGGCGUCUAAAUACUUUAAACAAAUGUGCGGUGAUGAAACUGGAAAUCAGUCCUCAUCGGAAGAGAAGUGAGGAUUCGGAUGAGGAUGAGCCUUGUGCAAUAAGCGGCAAGUGGACUUUCCAGAGGGACAGCAAGAGGUGGUCCCGGCUAGAGGAGUUCGACGUCUUUUCUCCAAAGCAGGACCCAGUCCCUGGGUCCCCAGAGGACCCCCACCUGAAGAACGCCCCGAGCCAUGAAAGCAUGCUGACGGACCUCAGCGAGCCCCCGGAGGUGGCUUCUGUCCGCAGCCUCAGCAGCACCAGCAGCCUCCCCACCCACGUGCCCCACGGCGGGGACGCCGCGACACCCCGGACUAACUCCGUCAUUAGCGUCUGCUCCUCCUCCGUCAACUUCGUAGGCAAUGACGACUCUUUCUGCAGCCUGCCCUCUCCCAAGGAACUGUCCAGCUUCAGCUUCAGCAUGAAAGGCCACGAGAAAAGUGCCAAGUCCAAGACGCGCAGUCUGCUGAAACGCAUGGAGAGCUUAAAGCUCAGGGGCUCCCACCACGGCAAGCACAAGGCGCCCUCCAAGCUGGGGCUGAUCAUCAGCGGGCCCAUUCUGCAGGAGGGCAUGGAUGAGGAGAAGCUGAAGCAGCUGAACUGCGUGGAGAUCUCCGCCCUCAACGGCAACCACAUCAACGUCCCCCUGGUACGAAAGAGGAGCGUUUCCAACUCCACGCAGACCAGCAGCAGCAGCAGCCAGUCUGAGACCAGCAGCGCCGUCAGCACGCCCAGCCCCGUCACCAGAACCCGGAGCCUCAGCGCCUGCAACAAGCGGGUGGGCAUGUACUUGGAGGGCUUCGACCCCUUCAGUCAGUCGACAUUCAACAACGUUGUGGAGCAGAACUUCAGAAACCGCGGGAGCUACCCAGAGGACACAGUGUUCUACAUCCCGGAGGAUCACAAGCCUGGCACUUUCCCCAAGGCCCUCUCCAAUGGGAAUUUCUCUCCCUCAGGGAACAACAGCUCUGUGAACUGGAGGACUGGAAGCUUCCACGGCCCCGGCCACAUCAGCUUGAGGAGGGAAAACAGCGGCGACAGCCCCAAGGAGCUUAAGAGACGCAAUUCCUCCAGUUCCAUGAGCAGCCGCCUGAGUAUCUAUGACAACGUGCCGGGCUCCAUCCUCUACUCCAGCUCAGGUGACCUGGCGGACCUGGAGAACGAGGACAUCUUCCCCGAGCUGGACGACAUCCUCUACCACGUGAAUGGGAUGCAGAGGAUAGUCAACCAGUGGUCGGAGAAGUUCUCAGAUGAGGGAGACUCGGACUCAGCCCUGGACUCGGUCUCCCCUUGCCCGUCCUCUCCCAAACAGAUACACCUGGAUGUGGACAACGACCGAGCCACCCCCAGCGACCUGGACAGCACAGGCAACUCGCUGAAUGAACCUGAAGAGCCCUCUGACAUCCCCGAGAGGAGGGACUCUGGGGUGGGGGCCUCCCUCACAAGGUCCAACAGGCACAGGUUGCGGUGGCACAGCUUCCAGAGCUCUCAUCGGCCGAGCUUGAACUCUGUAUCACUGCAGAUUAACUGCCAGUCGGUGGCCCAGAUGAACCUGCUGCAGAAGUACUCACUCCUGAAGUUGACUGCCCUGCUGGAGAAAUACACACCUUCCAAUAAGCAUGGUUUCAGCUGGGCUGUGCCCAAGUUCAUGAAGAGGAUCAAGGUUCCAGACUACAAGGACCGGAAUGUGUUCGGGGUCCCUCUGACCAUCAACGUGCAGCGCACAGGUCAGCCCCUGCCCCAGAGCAUUCAGCAAGCCAUGCGCUACCUCCGCAACCAUUGCCUGGACCAGGUUGGUCUCUUCAGAAAAUCAGGUGUUAAAUCCCGGAUUCAGGCGCUACGCCAGAUGAACGAAAGUGCCAUAGAUUGUGUCAACUACGAGGGACAGUCUGCCUAUGACGUGGCAGACAUGUUGAAGCAGUAUUUUCGAGAUCUGCCUGAGCCCCUAAUGACCAACAAACUCUCGGAAACCUUCCUACAGAUCUACCAAUAUGUGCCCAAGGACCAGCGCCUCCAGGCGAUCAAGGCCGCCAUUAUGCUCCUGCCCGACGAGAACCGGGAGGUGCUACAGACGCUCCUUUAUUUCUUGAGUGAUGUCACAGCAGCUGUGAAGGAGAACCAGAUGACUCCAACCAACCUGGCCGUGUGCUUAGCGCCUUCCCUCUUCCACCUCAACACCUUGAAGAGAGAGAAUUCUUCGCCCAGGGUAAUGCAAAGAAAACAAAGUUUGGGCAAACCAGAUCAGAAAGAUUUGAAUGAAAACCUGGCUGCCACUCAAGGCCUGGCCCAUAUGAUUGCUGAGUGCAAGAAGCUUUUCCAGGUUCCUGAGGAAAUGAGUCGAUGUCGCAAUUCCUACACCGAACAAGAGCUGAAACCCCUCACUCUGGAAGCAUUAGGACGCCUUUGUAAUGACGAGUCAGCUGACUACCAGCACUUCCUCCAGGACUGCAUGGACAAUCUAUUUAAGGAGGUCAAAGAGAAGUUUAAAGGUUGGGUCAGCUACUCUACAUCUGAGCAGGCUGAGCUGUCCUAUAAGAAGGUGAGCGAAGGACCCCCUCUAAGACUUUGGAGGUCAACCAUCGAAGUCCCUGCUAUGCCGGAGGACAUCUUAAAGCGCCUACUUAAAGAGCAGCACCUCUGGGAUGUGGAUCUAUUGGAUGCCAAAGUGAUUGAAAUCCUGGACAGUCAAACUGAAAUAUACCAGUAUGUCCAAAACAGUAUGGCUCCCCAUCCUGCUCGUGACUACGUUGUUUUGAGGACGUGGAGGACUAAUUUACCCAAGGGGGCCUGCGCCCUCUUACUCACCUCUGUGGAUCACGACCGGGCUCCUGUGGUGGGGGUGCGGGCCAACGUGCUCCUGUCCAGGUAUCUGAUCGAACCCUGCGGGUCGGGGAAGUCCAAACUCACCUACAUGUGCAGAGCUGACCUAAGGGGCCACAUGCCAGAGUGGUACACGAAAUCCUUUGGACAUUUGUGUGCGGCGGAAGUUGUAAAGAUCCGAGACUCUUUCUGUAACCAGAACGCUGACACCAAAGACACCAAAUCCAGGUGAUUACGGAGGCAGAGCAACUGUGUCCACCGUCUGGGUGUUUGUUUCUAGAACCCUUGCCAGUCCUUGGGGAAAAAAGGUUCUGCGUCUAAUCCUGAAACAAAAGUACACAUUGACUGUAGCGAUUUGAUGCAUUUUUAAAGCUGCUUCCUGUUUAUUGAAGGUCUGUGUUAUAGAUCUUGACUGGAAUAUAUAAGACUGUGCAAAAAAAAUGUAUUCUUAUGCGAAUUGCUUCUGAGAAGCAAAACUAUAAAUACAUUGCAGAAGAUAAUGAAGAUACUUUGUUCUCUUGUGAUAUUGGUGUAUGUGUACCUUUGUCAUUUUAUUUGCAACGUGUUGAGGGACUGGUGUAUCCACUGGAAUAGUUGGUACUCUUUGACAUGUUUUCUCACUGAGAUGAGCAAAGAAAGGUUUGCACAGAGAAGUGUGUGUAUGUUUGUUUGUUGCUGGUUGAAUGGCAGAGAUGUAUAAGGUGGGAUGCAGUGUCUGGCACACUGAGACGCUUCCAAGAAAGAUAUUGGUGCAUCGGAUUCAGUUUAACUUGGAAUAUCUGACUACCCAUGGAUCCACCCAGAAAGAGAACCCCAUUAUUUUGGGGAGUUGGACAGCCUACCCUUCUCCAUUUUUUUUCUGAGUUAUUAAACAGAAUCUUCUUUCAAACUCUUUACCUGAAAAAUAAUUGUAGUAAAUUUACUCUGAUAACCCAUUUCAAACACAGUUUAUCUCUAGAUCUGAUUGCAAAUAGUGACGUUGUUUUUCACCAGAGUAGAUUAGUUAAGGAAUGAAAACAACUCCUUACUAGUUCUAAAGCAGUUUUGCUUUGGUUUUUCUAAAAAGUUGAAAUGUCAAAACUAAACCCUCUACCCUUUACUCUUGAGUCAAGCAUCAAAACGUUUUUACUUGUCACGAAUCUUUACAUUUUUAUAUUUAUAACAGAAAUUCUUUAAGACACACUAUGCAUGGGAACAUAGGAAAUAUGUAUGUGUCAAGGAAAUCCCUGUUAAUUUAACGCAACCACAAAGGUUGUUUGUAAAUUGUUAUUAACAGCAUUUCUGAAAGCUGAACAGUUUUAUUAAUUGGAGUGACCUUAAAAACAAAUAGGUUUUCAGGUUUUGACCUUGUUUUUGCUUUGUUUUCCCUUUAUUUUCUUUUCCUUUAUAAUGAUGCUGUUGGAAUAUAUUUUAGUGGUAUUGGCAAAUAGUUAUCAUAGUAAAAAAAAACACCAAACAAAAGGCAAGUACAGCACAGUUUUUUGGAAGGGUGGUCUUUAUUCAGGUUUUACUGUAAUGGUAAAGACUGACUUAAGAGGCAGUAUUAGUGAAUUUAUUUAGUAUGGAUCAAAGUGAAUAAUGUAUGAGUGAGAGUUGUAAGAAGGAUUUUUAUUUUGUUAUAAAAGAAUUUAGUUACCAUUGUCAGUGUUAUUUCAAAGGUUCUUUGAAGAAUUGGCGGGAACAGAGUGUUACAAGUUGAGUAUUUUGGAUAUCAGUGUUCCUCAUGAAGAUAUACUUGUAUAUUCAAUUUUAAUGGCUUUCAGAUUUGUAAGAUUAUAUGUUGUAUAUACCAUUCUAUUAAGACACAUGUCCACAUGUCCACUGUGCUUUCAAACAUAGAUUAAGCAUGAUAAAGAUUAUUAUUUAAAAUAUACUUGUAUUUAUACCUCAGAUAAUCUUUUGGGUUUUGUACCUCAAGGCUUUUUUUUUCCUAAUGUAAAUACACUUUUCAUGAAUACAGUCUAAGAGAAAAAAAUAAAUAAAAGAAGAGGUUUAUAAUGUGCUCUGUAUCUGUACAGAAUAUAAUCGAUAAGUGCACUAUUAAAUGUUUAAGGGAAAAGUCUGGCCUGCUCUCCUUUGUACUGACUGCAUCUCUCGCCCGCCCUGAAAACCAUGGACUGCAAGGCAUGUCAUUCUAGCAUCAACCCAAGUGAAAACAUAGAAUCGCUGAAGGAAAAAUCAGACUGCAAAGCAUUCCAAGGCCAAACUGCAGCUGAGCCACUCGCUAACAAACAGGAAACCCUGGCGAAGGUUCGGGAAGCACGGAGAUACUCUCCGAAGGCCGCUAGGAAAUGAUGCUGAGAAAGUUACAAGAACAAGCGCCAGCUACAGAAAGAUGCUCACAAGCAAAGCCAAGGUCACCGAUUCAUUCCACAAAAGGUCUUUUUCCCACUGUUUGGCUUUCCUGUCGAAAGGAUUUCUACCAUAUUUGACAAGAGGAGGUUUCAAAGGAUGUGAACAUUUGCAAGAACUCUGCUUGCGUGACCUAGGGUGAUACUGCCACAACUUACUAAUUGUGACCAAUGGCCUAGACUGUAAGCUCUUUGAGGGCAGGGCUCUUUUCCUGCACAUCUUUAUACUCCCCUGCAACAGCUUUCAGUGUUUUGUACUUGUAGGCACCUAAUAAAUUUAUUAUUUGCUA